AUGGCCGGUAGCGCUUCCGAGGGAGAGGCUGCGUAUACCUUGGAAGGCGCCAACGAAAUCGAGCCGCUGGCCGACGGCACCGGCAGCUGGCUGGCCCACAGAGCGACGAAAGACGUCCGAGGCAGUGGUCCUGGACAGGACUGGAUCACAGAGGUCUUCUCAGACCCCGAUGGCACGCAGUUGGCCAACAUUGCUUCUUCUGCUGCAUUCCAGGUGCCUGGUGCCAGGUUGACCCAUCGACCCAGGAUCCUGGUCCUUUACGGAUCCCUACGGCCAACUUCCUUCUCACGCAAGAUGGCCCAUGAGUGCUCCCGGCUCCUCGAGGUGCUGGGUGCAGAGGUGCGAACAUUCAAUCCGAUGGGCCUCCCGGUGCGGGACCCCUCUCUGGAGGACCACCCAAAGGUGCAGGAGCUGCGAAACUUAUCAAAGUGGUCCGAGGGCCAUGUGUGGGUGAGCCCAGAAAUGCACGGUUGCCUCACGGGGGUCUUCAAGAACCAAAUCGACUGGCUUCCACUCAACACUGGUUCAGUGCGCCCGACUCAGGGGCGAACCUGUGUGGUGCUUCAGGUCAACGGUGGCAGCCAGAGCUUCAAUGCUGUGAAUGAGUUGAGACGGCUUGCCCGGUGGAUGCGCAUGCCGUGCUGUACCAACCAGUCCUCGGUUCCGAAGGCAUGGCAAGAGUUUGACGAUGAUGGAAGAAUGAAAGACUCCAGUUUCCGUGAUCGAGUUGUCGACGUCAUGGAGGAGUUUUAUAAGUUCACGCUCAUCAUGCGUGAGCACGCGGACGCUCUCAAUGACCGCUUCUCCGAGCGGAAGGAAGUGGCUCAGAAGGGCCGGUUGCUGACACAGGCUGA